AUGAGCAAUAUGAAGGACAAAGCGACUAUCCGUCAGCAGAGCUCGGAUAAUAACUCUGUGAGCAGCAGUGAAUGGGACAUGGCAAAUGAUGUCUUCGUGUCGGGCUACGACGAGAAUCCGAUGGGAGUGGAAAGCCGCGCCGGCGAGAGUGACCCAGUAGAACCCUGUUUGGACAGACACCUUCCCCUUUUAUCACAGGACGGUAUCAUGCUGUCCCUAUCCGAGGAAGAAUAUUCGAGCCCGUCUUACCUGGAAAUCGACCCAAACUACACUGAAAGUGACGGUAACGUGACAACCAAGAAACGCAUACGUUCCAACAGCUCCAGGCACAGGGGUGAGAUCGUCACCGAGUUGGGCCCGGAGGAGGUCAGGUGGUUUUACAAGGAAGACAAACGGACGUGGAAACCUUUCGUUGGACACGACUCUUUAAAAAUCGAGACCGCCUACGGAAGGUUCUGUGAGGUGAACCCCGACAAGGUCAAACGCAUCUGUGAAGCCAUCGAGACCGAAGGCAAAGAUGCAGUCACGUCCGAAGAGGACCAGACAGUGGAUGAAUGCAAUGUUCAGCCCUCAGUGUCCGAGGAGAUGAAAGACCCGGACGAAAGCAUUAACAUGGAGGCGGUGUGUGUGAGAGGAGGGCUAUAUGAAGUGGACAUCAAGGAGAAGGAAUGCUACCCUGUUUACUGGAACCAGCAAGAUCGUAUUCCUGUGAUGAGAGGCCUGUGGUUCAUUGAUGGAACCUGGCUUCCUUUGGAGGAAGAUGAGAGUGACAUGAUCGAGCAAGAGCACUUAACACGUUUCCGAGGUCAACAAAUGAGGGACACCUAUGAAAUGGAAGCGGUGACCACCACAGUUGACAGCAAAGAUGCUAUUCACAGUUUGAAGCUGAGCCGCAGCCAUGUUGACUGGCACAGUGUUGAUUUGGUGUACCUGUACAGCGAUGCUACCACUUCUAAGAUUGCACGAACUGUCACUCAGAAACUGGGCUUCUCUAAAGCUUCCAGCAGUGGGACACGUCUCCAUAGAGGGUAUGUAGAAGAGGCAGCACCUGAGGACACUCCACCUGAAACCACCCACAUUGUGUUUGUGGUGCAUGGCAUCGGUCAGAAGAUGGACCAGGGUCGGAUCAUUAGGAACACCAGCAUGAUGAGAGAUGCUGCCAGAAAGAUGGAGGAUAAGCACUUUCCUAAUCGCACUACAGAGCAUGUUGAGUUUCUUCCUGUUGAAUGGCGAUCAAAACUGGCUCUUGAUGGAGACAUGGUUGACACCAUCACGCCAGACAAACUCAGAGGUCUCAGAGAUAUGUUGAACAGCAGCGCCAUGGAUAUUAUGUACUACACUAGCCCACUCUACAGAGAUGAGAUUACCCGAGGUCUGACUCUAGAGCUGAACCGUCUUUACUCACUUUUCUGCUCGCGGAAUCCAGACUUUGAAAAAAAUGGGAAGGUCUCAAUUGUGUCACACUCUUUAGGCUGUGUCAUCACUUUUGACAUUAUGACUGGCUGGGACCCGGUGCGCUUUCACCAUUUAGAAGUGCCAGAUCCUGAAGAAACAAAGGCCCGUUGGCCAAGUGAUGAAGAGCGCCAUCUUCAGGAGCAGCUUAGACUUACACGUCUCAGGUUGAGGGAUUUGGAAGAUCAGUUCCAGGGCUUGCAGACAUUGUCUUGUGUUGCAGUACCAGCUUUGAAAUUUAAGGUGGAGAAUUUCUUCUGUAUGGGCUCCCCUCUGGCAGUAUUUUUGGCAUUACGAGGCAUCCGUCCAGGAAGCAAUGGUGUGCAGGACCAUAUCCUCCCCACCUCAAUCUGCAAACGCCUCUUCAACAUAUUCCAUCCCACUGAUCCUGUGGCGUACAGAUUGGAACCUCUUAUCUUAAAGCACUACAGUAACAUUGCACCUGUUCAAAUCCACUGGUACAACACCACCAGCCCCACUCCAUAUGAUCAAAUCCGCCCCACGCUGCUUAACCUUUCCAAAGAGGCAACAUCUAUAUCGGACUCAGAAAGCCUUCCUAGUCCCUGUACCUCCCCGCCCCAGGCACGGCGACAUUAUGGAGAGUCCAUCACCAACCUGGGCAAGGCCAGCAUCAUGGGUGCUGCAAGUAUAGGAAAAGGAAUCGGGGGAAUCCUGUUUUCGCGCUUUUCUAGAUCCAGUGGCCAGGUGUGUGGAGUAGAAGAAGAGCCCUCGGAGUUUGAGGGUCCAACCACAGAAGUAGAAAACGCAGCGGGAGAGAAGGCAAUGCUUCCAGAAAGUGAUGAAAAGGAGAAACCAGUCGAGGAAGAGCAGAGGGAAAUAGAGCACUCAAUGUCACAGUCUACUUCCGUAGUCAUGGACCACGCCUCUUUGGAACUGGAAAGACGCAUCGACUUUGAGCUGCGAGAGGGCUUGGUCGAGAGCCGCUAUUGGUCGGCAGUGACGUCACACACAGCCUAUUGGUGCUCUUAUGACGUGGCACUUUUCCUCCUUACGUUUAUGUACAGACCCCAGGAGCCUCCUGAAACUGCUGACAACAACACAGAUGCCUCAUAG